AUGACGAAGACAGGAUUCACGAAAACGACGUUGACGAAAACGUUAAUCACAGGAAAGGCCGGAUGGCCCACGAUCGCCAUAACCCUCGGCAUCUGCGCCCUGUUCCUUGGCACCCUUCUCCUUCUGGCCGUGCGGCGCUCCUUCAGACCUCCCAGGCUGUGCCGCGCCGAAGAUUGUCAACGCCACGCGACGCUUCUCACCGAUCACCUGAACACAACGCUCGACCCGUGCGACGACUUUAGGGCUUUCGUCUGUUCCGCGUGGCAGAUGUCGAGAAAGAACAGAGAGCAAUCCAAGUCGGUGAUCAAUGACCUCAGAUUCACUUGGUUCGACCGUUUCGAGGACACCCUGACCAUGGGCGCGCUGAAGUUCUCCGCCGGGAGAAAGCCGCUCGCCAUGUACCGCAUGUGCACGCGCUAUUUCCCUUCCAACGGUUCGCAGGUUGAGCUUAUACGCAACUUCUUCGAUCGCUUCGGGUUUCGCUGGCCGCAGACGCCCGAGGAAAUAAUGCCCCCACUCGUCUUGCUCGUCAUGCUAAGCUACCAGUGGCAAUCGCCGUGCUGGAUAACCGUCCAUCUUCUGGAACCUUCCGCCACUGGCAGGCAGCGGGUGCUGGUCACUCCGGGCAUCUACGUUCCCACGCUUCGCAAUCAACAUCGAAGCGUCGAAGCGGCGUACGAUCGUUACUGGCAGCUGUACCUAGAGCUCUUCUACCCUGACCCCAGAACACGACCUACAUCGAGUGAGGAAGCCAUCCGAGAGAUUCGUGACAUGGAAGGUGACGUGCUCGACAGCUUACACGCCGCGGCAGAGUCUCAGCGAAAGAGGCCCGCGAAGUUUACCUUCGACGAAAUCGACACCCACGUCCCGAAUGCGUCUGGCGCCAUCUGGGUCAACGCGUUCCAGGCGGGCAUGUCACUGCACCCGAGUCUGACCGUCGACGACGAGAUCGUCACCACCGACGUAGCCUUCCUGAGCGUGGUCACCGAGCUCCUGGUCAAGUACGACACGCUCAUGUUGAAUAGGCACCUGGUGUGGUUGAUUAUGCAGUACUACGCGCCCAUGACGGACUACGCUUUCCUGGUGGGCUAUUAUGGGAGCAACGACAAAGCAGCAGCGUACAUGCCGGUGUUCUGUGCGCACCACGUGGAAGCCACGUACAAGGUCCUCGUGCUCGCCCUCGGCGUCGUCACCCGGUUGCCGGUACACGACCGAAGAGUCAUCAACGCCGGCUUCCAGAGUCUCGUCUCUGCCGCUUUCGCGAAGAUUCGAGACUCCAUCUGGAUAGACGAAAAGGACAAGAUGCGGAUGAUCACCAAGUUUGCCGCCAUAAAGAUGGACUUCUUGCCACCGGAUACGAUACUUGACGACAUCGUGCUGGAAAGCCUUUACGCCGGCUUUCCGGAGGAAGAGCCGUCCUUAGCCCAUUACUGGUUUAAAUCAGUGGCGGCCACGCAGGAAAUGAACAGGAUUCCAGAAUACAACAAGGCGAUGCUGCUGCCGCGUAACGACAUCCCGAACUACGCUGGCUAUGGCUACUUCUCAAAUACCGUUCAGCUGGCGAUAGGCGCUGCCGCAGCACCCGCGUACUACGGCAACGGUACCAAGGGCAUGCUGUAUGGUGGCCUUCUCUUCCUGCUGGCCAUGCAGAUGGUAAGGGCGAUCGAUGACGAGGGCAUCAGGUGGCCCUCGAAUAAAACCGCACUGAAGGACACCAUGCUGUCCAACGCUUCUCUACAAGCGUUCCGCCAAAGGGCCGCAUGUCGGUACGGCGCCGGAAAUGAAAGUGCGUUUCCCGAGGUGCCAGCCCUCGAGAUUGCCUAUUCCGCCCUCGUGGAAUCUCACAUUGCGGACAAAACCGAGCCAUUGGCACUCGGCGAGCAGCUGCCGGAAGACAAGGUCUUUUUCAUGACGCUUUGCUACAUGACGUGCGACAUCACGACCAUCAGGAGCGACAUUGCGGCGGACUGCAAUAAGGCAGUUCGGAAUUUCGACGCUUUCGCCCGUGUUUACAGCUGUCCGAAAGGAAGCAGGAUGAACCCAGAGAACAAGUGUUCGUUUUUUGCGUAA